ACAAGUCAGCUGCUGGAAGCUGAAGGUGUUUAUCCUGAAUUAGCUCGAUGCUACAGCCGUCAGUUGUUAGGGUGUUUUUUUAUACUCCGGGUUUUGUUUCAGGGAACUAUUGAACUGUUGCGGUUUGGAAAUCUGUUACAGACUGUAAAGAUGAAGUCUGCGUUUCUUCUCCAGGCUUUCUGCUUGUUUUGUUUUGUGUUUUUAAGCCAAGUGACAGCGAAGAACUCUGAAGACAUCCGUUGUAAAUGCAUCUGUCCACCGUACAAAGAUAUCGAAGGACAAAUCUACAAACAAAAUGUCUCUCUCAAAGACUGUAACUGUCUUCACGUAGUUGAACCCAUGCCUGUUGAUGGAAACGACGUGGAGGCGUACUGCUUACGCUGCGAGUGUAAAUAUGAGGAGAGGAGCUCAGGGACCAUCAAGGUCACCAUCAUCAUGUACCUGUCCAUCCUGGGCCUGCUGCUGCUCUACAUGGUGUAUCUGACUCUCCUGGAGCCCAUUCUGAAGAGGCGUCUGUUUGGACAUUCACAGCUUAUCCAAAGUGAUGAUGAUGUCGGGGACCAGCAGCCUUUUGCCAACGCUCACAACGUUCUGUCCCGCUCCCACUCUCGACCCAACAUGCUGAACAAAGUGGAGCAUGCCCAGCAGCGCUGGAGGAGGCAGGUCCAGGAGCAGAGGAAGUCCGUGUUCGACCGCCACGUUGUUCUCAGUUAAACUGCCCUGAGAGAGCCAGAGGUACCGGUGGAGCAAAAAAGAAACAAAGAAAGAAACAAACAAAAAAAGAAACAAAAAACACUGUGACAGAGCCCUCAGUUUAUAUCGCUUCCUUCUUCUCAUUUGUGAUUUGUAUCUCAUCAAGUGUGACACUUCCCAGGUGGACAUGAUGAAGACAUCUGUAAAUCUGAAGAGCAACAAUCCCUGUCUAAUGUAUAAUCUGUCUGCAGGCAGCACAAGAGAUUACAGUGAAUUCAUUUUUGCACAAUCUUGAAUGAACAGUCUUAAAUAGCAUUCCCCCCCCCCAAAAAAAAUCAGAAUAUUUCCCUCCGCCUGCUGUCUAAGUUUGCAGAAGUGCCAAGUCACCAGAAGAUUUGCAGUGAAUAAUUUGAUGGCAGAGACUAAUAAAUGUGAGAUAAAAUAAAAAUCUUUCAAGUGAAUAUUUUAUAACUUUCUCUAACUCUUUCUGGCCACAGUGUCAGGUGGAGUCCCAUCAGUCCAAAGCUGACCACUCUUUCACUUUUUACAAGCCAAACUGGCGUUCAGAGUGAGUGAACCCUCCAGAUGUUGGCUGCAGUAAUGAUCUGUUAACUUGUAGCUGGUGGCUAUUUUUCCUCUCCAAAAAACUAAUAUAACUUGAAACUAUACUGCUCUCACCGCGGGGGAAAAAGGAAAAAGGGUGUAAAAUAUAAAUCAGCCUUCUUUGGAAAUGCAUGUUUUAUAAUGACUCUUUUAUAAAUGUGUUUUGCAUCCUUUAUUCCUUCCAUAAUGUCUGAUAACUGGUGUGAGAUCCAUCGUUCAACGCGUUACUUUAAAUUUGAUAUUUCAGAGUAGUUUCACUGAACCUGCAGACAUUAAUGCAAAACUCUUGAUGGUGAUGUCAUAGUUAUCGUAGCUGUGCUAUUGAUCCUCGUCUGUUGGAGACCCUCUUGAAAUCAGUGCACUCUUCAACUGCCUAAUCAGAUCUAAUGGAUAGUCUUUUAUGUUGACACUUCCAUGUGUUUGGUCUAGUUCCAUGAUGAAGGUUAGUGUGACGCAGUCUGACUGCACUGAUGGUUGUUUUGUGUUCAGUCGGGCUGCGAGCAGAACUAUGAAAGUGUUCUUAACUAUUGUAUAUGUUAAACCUUUAACUUUUAAAUAAAUUUAUGUAAUAUUUGUGA